UUUCGUUCUUCAUUUUUGUGGUUUCCAAAAAAUUAAAGAUAAAAAAUUCCUAAUUUGUAGGACGUGUUGAAAUCUUUUAAGCCAUGUCCACGUGUCAUGCACGUACCCGGUCUUCCUCCACAAACAGCUUUUCCCGGGUAGCUGCAGGGCCUGUGAUUUUCAAUUUUUUUUUUAUUUUUUAUUUUUUGCGAGAACACGAUUAAACACACUCACUCACUUCCAGCUCUCCCUAAUUUUUCGUCGAAUUUGUAUAAAUGUCAUGUUUUUAGCAACCAAAUCCUAAUUUGGAAAUUAACUUUUCAAAUUCCAUUUCCCCAAAACCGCCCUCCCUAUAAAUCCCUCUCAUAAUCUCCACAAAUCAAACACUAAUCCCCUUUUUUAAUCUCUCCUGAAACGACAUGUCGGCCGAGGAGGAGAAGAACGACGCCGCGCCGGACGGGGAGAAGACGAAGAUCUCGCUCAAGACCUCCGAGGGCGAGGUCUUCGAGAUCGAGGAGAACGUCGCGAUGGAGUUUCACACCGUCAAGGCGUUCUUCCAAGACGAAGGCGUUUCGCGCGAAGUGGUGAUGCCGAUCCCCAACGUCAACAGCGUCGAGCUCGUCAAGAUCAUCAAUUUCUGUACCAAAACGCUUGAGCUCAAGCGCAAGGCCGAUCACGAGGAGAAUGCGAAGAAGGAGCUCCGGCUGUUCUACCAGGACUUCGUCAAGGACGAGACCACCGAGCACAUCAUGGAGCUGAUCCUGGCCGCCGAUUACUUGCACGUCGAUGAUUUGCUGGAAGUUCUGAACCAGUGCGUGGCGGAUCGGAUCAAGAACAAGAGCGUUGAGUACGUGAGGAAGCUGUUCGGAGUCGAGAACGAUUUCACUCCUGAAGAAGAGCAGAAGCUCCGCGAAGAGUAUGCUUGGGCUUUUGAAGGAGUUGAUGAGGACUGAGCAAAUUUACUCUACAGUAAAUUCUAAUUGAAAUUGACCACACACAGAUUAAAAAAAAAAGAAAAAGAAAAAAGAAAUGAAUUGAAAAGAAAGUUGCUUUUUUUUCUUUCUUUAAUGUUGGAAUUAGGGGUAGGGUUAAUUUCUGUGAAGGUAAAAAUGGGGAAGAUCGGUAGUGAAUGGAUGAAUAGAAGAAGAAUUACAGCUUUUUUUUUUUGUUUUUUUUUUGUUUUGGGGGUUCCAUUUUAAAUAAAGAAAUUUAAUUUUCAAGUGCACACUUGUAGAUUGUUGGUAUAUGUGAAUUUCUUCCAUGCAUGUCUUGACUGAUUUAUGUUGAUGCGUUUUGGGAUGUGCUGAACUUGGUUAAGAAAUCUUGGAUUAGAAGUUUGGAGUUGAUUUAAUGAUUGAGAGAAUUAAUAGUUGAGUUCUUCUUGGGUACUCUUGUGUUUGAGAAAAUGCUCCAAAGAGAAAAUAAUAAUAAAAAUAAGGCUUAGGAAGAUGUUUUGCAAAAGUAUGUAGUUUGAGACACUGCAUGAUGAA